AUGGAUAAUCGGAGCGCGCUGCUGAGAAUUGCUGUCGUGAUAGCGAUGGUUCUGCUCUUUGUGUGUGUUCAGGAAACGAAUGCCGGCAGUCAACAGAAGAAAAAGAAGAUUGUGAUACACGUGCCGAUUCACAAGAAAAUUGAGAAACAUAUCCAUACGGUGGUGAAGCAUGUGCACCACCACCACAAGCCCCUCGUCCUGAAGGAGGAGAAGAAAGUCAUCCACGAGGACCAUCGUCCCAUCCAGAUACACCAGACCAAGGAGCUCGUACACCACCACGAGAAGCACGACCAUCAUGACCAUCACGACCACCACGACUACCAUGAGCACCAGCUCCAGCACCCGGUGUCUGAGGUAGAAGAGGAGGAGGAAGAGCACAUACACCACCAUCACAACUACGAGCACAAGGGCCGGGACGAUUUUAUCGGCGGCGAUGGGAGUAGCAGCGAGGAGCGCUGA